AUGGUCUCAUCGUCGAAAGAAGAUCUUAUACAACGAUGGCAGCGUCAAUUGAUUGGUCGCACGCAUAUAAAUUUUCAAGAAUUUCUGCAUCUACUCCGACAACAUCUAUUGUUAGAAACGCUCUUUUGCAUAUUCGAUCGUGAUUCAAACGGGUCACUCUCUGAAGCAGAAUGGAUCGGAUCUGUAUAUAAAGUGGCCGAGAUAUCCAAUCGCACGAAAGAUGUUCGAACACUUGAACCAUUCAUACGUGCGUAUAGACAUGUUUCACAAGGCUCGGAUUCACUUACUUUAAAUGCAUUUUAUAUUUUAUUCGAGGAUCAAUCUUUUUGUCGAGAUUUUGCUUUCUUAUUUAUGAAUGAGUUACAUCCAUUGAACAUCAUGGAAUUAACAGAUUUACUUCGAUCAGUUUCAAAUCUUAAAUCUGAUACAAAAUGGCUUUCGUGGCUUGCGUAUCAGUUUCAUACAGCUGUUGGCAAACGUCGUAGUCUAACAUCCAAUGGCAUCCCAUUUGAUGAUAGUAUGGAUCUCGAAACAUUUAAAAAUAGUUUUUACUUCAAAGUGCCGGAAUUAGCUGAUUGUCUAUUUAAUUACCUCGACACAGAUAGAACAGGACGGUUAACACUAGAUAAGUUUAUUCGCAAGUUAGAAUUUUUGAUAGAAGCAACUGACAAUGAAAAAGUCGAAUUUUUGUUCAAAAUUUUCGAUCGUGAUGGCGAUGGAACCAUUGAUUUUGAUGAAAUGAAAUUAUUACUUCGUUGCUUUUUGGAAGAAUCCCCAUCGCUGGAUAUGGAAGAAACAUUAGCGGAAUUAACAGCCACUUUAUUUCAAGAAACAGACAUCGAUCAAUCAGGAGACAUUAGUUUCGAAGAACUAGCGGAUGCAUUAAGACGAAACGAACAUCUUUUCAAAGUUCUUUCCUUGAGUACGAGCAGUUGGAUUCGACCAAAACCUGUUUCAUUAUGUAAAUGUCAUAAACGCUCAUCAACUGUUCGCGCUUGGAUACGAAACAAUAUUGGUUUGAUAUUCUUCUGGUCGUUAUAUUCAUUUAUUUGCACUUGUAUUUGUAUUGAUGUGUUACAUGUCUACGUUGGUCAACAACGUGCCCAUUUCUUUAUUGUCAUAGCACGAUUAAAUGGUGGAAUGUUGAAUUUCAAUUGCGCUCUAAUGCUCGUACUGAUGCUUCGAAAGCAUAUUACCUGGCUGAGAUCCAAAGGUGGAAGCGUCCUGCUUCCCUUGGAUAAUCAUAUCGAUAUUCAUAAAACAAUUGGAAUCAUCAUUAUGAUCGAAACGGCUUUGCAUACAAUCGCCCAUUUCGCUUAUCUAUAUUAUGUCUUUUAUAUUUGUUCCUUACAAGAAGAUAACGGUUUUCUAUGUAAUGAGAAAACAAAUCUGAAUCAAUCGAUGAGUGAUCAAGCACUCAUCCGCAAACUCUAUCGAUUCGAUGUUUCAACAGACCGAUGUGUUCCAUUUGGAUACCUCGGAUGUGGAGGAAAUUGGAAUCAAUUCUAUAAUGAAAAAUUAUGCACUAUCCGUUGCAAAGCAUAUCGUGAUUCGUACCAUCGAUUUACCGAUGCAAUAUUUACAGCAAAAUUAGGAUUGGGAUACAUUACAGGUGUACUGGAAUUUUUAUUAGGUGCGUUGAUUUACAUCAUGUGUUUACCAUUCGUACGAAAAAGUGGCCAUUUUCAAUUAUUCUACUGGUGUCAUAUGUUGACACUACCAUGGUUAAUUAUCAUGCUUGUUCAUGCACCGCGUUUCUGGAAAUGGGUAUUGCUACCUGGAGUAUUGUAUAUUAUUGAGAAAAUUUUACGUUAUCGUAAAUCACGUUCGAAUAAACACGGAGAAACGUUCAUAAUGGAAGCAAUUCUUUUGCCAUCUCAGGUGAUUCAUUUAGUGAUUAAUAAACCGCGCAAAUUUACAUACAAACCUGGAGAUUAUAUCUAUAUCAACAUCCCAGCUGUGGCUAGCUUCGAAUGGCAUCCAUUCAGCAUAAGCAGUGCUCCGGAACAUAAAGAUAGUCUCUGGCUUCAUGUUCGUGCCAGUGGUCAUUGGACCCGACGCGUUUAUGAAUUGUUUCGUUUGAAACUAAAACAAGAACAUGGAGGUUUCAUCAAUGAUUCCAAUGAUCUUCGUCUUCGCUUAUCAAUGCGUUCACGCAUGUCAAAGAGUUACAUCGAUGAACUACGCGGUCUACAUCAACAAGAAAACACUCUCCUGUACGAUCCUGAUCAAUGUUCGCAAGCGAAAGCUAUUUCGGUGUCAUUUCCAUUGGCUAAACAGCAGACGAAAUCAAUCUGUUCGUCAUGUCAAUCAACAUUAAGCUUAAAAGACAUUCAUAGAAGUUCGAUGAAUAGAAGCAUUCUGAUGAAUCCGAAUGAUCUGGAGAAUUUGACUGUCGAAGAGAUCGAGCAACUUGCUUAUGAAAAAGAUGAUCAAAUAACAAACGACUUGCAAAGAAAGUUCAGGACAACAGCAAAAAUGAACAAUCAAAAUCGUCUGACAGUACCAGCAGUCAGCGAUUAUUGCAUUCGAAUGCCUACGCUUUCGUCAGCCGAAGAUGAACCUGCAACAAUAUCCUAUCAUGAAACACGUAUUUCCGACGCAUUAGGUUAUUUACGCAUGUAUAAAAACCAAAAUAGAAUACAAUUCAAUUCUCUUCAAUUCAAUGAUCGUGAAGACUUACAAGUGUUAAUCGAUGGACCAUACGGUGCACCGUCUCAACACAUAUUCGAAGCUGAACAUGCAGUUUUGAUUGCUGCUGGCAUCGGCAUAACACCGUUUGCAUCGAUCUUGCAGAGCAUUAUGUGUCGAUUCCGAAAUCGUCGACACAAAUGUCCCAGUUGUGACUUCAUUUGGGACAAUCCUGAAAGCGAAGAGUUGCGCGUAAAAAAAGUGGAUUUUAUUUGGGUGACACGUGAACAACGUUCGCUUGAAUGGUUUAUUAGUUUAUUAGCUCAGAUGGAAAUCGAACAGCAACGAUUAAGACAAAACUCGGAUAAAGGUCCAUUACUCGAAGUUCAUUUAUAUGUCACCAGUGCACAAUCACCGGCUGACUUAAAAGCGCUCAAUGUAUAUCUGUCAUUAGAUUUAAUUGGUAGGGAGAAUUCUGCAAAUUGUGAUGCUAUUGAUGGACUUCGGCAAAGAACAAAACAUGGGCGACCCAACUGGGAACAAGUAUUCACAGAAUUACUAUGUCAAAAGAAAGGAAAAAUCUCCGUUUUUUAUUGUGGUCCACCAUCCUUAUCAGCUGAACUAACAACGAAAUGUCGUCAAUACGGAACAUUGUACGUGGGCGGAAUUGGAUCAAAGCAACACGAAGCUUCAUUAGUGUUAGGGUUUUCCUUUGCGGAUCAACUGUGGUUUAAUGCACUACCGUUUUGUAUUCGAAAAUGUUGGUCUUCUCAACUUAUCUUAUCGUUUUACUAA